AUAACAUUUUUUUUACUUUGGUAACAUUGCAGCGCAUCGUGUGUUAUCGUAAACAAAUAUUAUUUCCUUUAAUUUCUAAUAAUCAGAAUUAUUCGACGGAAUAAUGGAUUUGCGUCCAAAUCAGACCAUAUAUAUUAAUAAUUUGAAUGAAAAAAUUAAAAAAGAAGAAUUGAAAAAAUCCUUGUAUGCGAUUUUUUCACAAUUUGGGCAAAUUUUAGAUAUUGUCGCACUGAAAACGCUAAAGAUGCGUGGUCAAGCUUUUGUCAUUUUUAAGGAAAUUGCGAGUGCAUCGAAUGCUUUACGCACCAUGCAAGGAUUCCCAUUUUAUGAUAAGCCGAUGCGUAUUGCAUACGCAAAAACUGAUUCGGAUAUAGUGGCCAAAAUUAAAGGUACAUUUAAAGAGAGACCCAAAAAAGUGAGACCCUCAAAGCCGGUUGUAACGACGGAUGAUAAAAAGGAUAAAAAGAAGAAGGCGUCUAAUGCGGAAAAUACGAAUCCAAAUACUCAGAGCGAACAACCACCUAAUCAAAUUCUAUUCCUGACGAAUUUGCCAGAAGAAACUAAUGAAAUGAUGCUCUCCAUGUUAUUUAAUCAAUUUCCUGGUUUCAAAGAGGUCCGCUUGGUACCCAAUCGUCAUGAUAUAGCUUUCGUUGAAUUCGCUACGGAAUUACAAAGCAAUGCGGCAAAGGAAGCUUUACAGGGCUUUAAAAUUACACCAUCCCAUGCAAUGAAAAUUACAUUCGCGAAAAAAUAAA